UUUCAAUGAAAUGGUAAGAAAAUACAAUAAAUUUUGGAUCUAAAGUUGCUAGAAGCAAAUUCCGACCGAGUCCCCCCAGAUAAGAUAAAAAAAAAAACACCUCGAUACAAGCUCAGGUUUAGUCUAAACAACAUGAUGAGACCAAAGCUAAAACUGGAGUUCAAGAUGUGAGCUUUAGCCUCCAUUCAAAAGCAACCGGAUUACAGAACCUGCAAAGAAAGUUCAUUUGUCAUUCAUUAAUACAUUUUAAAAUCUCAUGUAAAACCAUGCAAUUUGAAUUUUGAUAUUUUAACGAUAUCAAAACAUUUCACCACAAAGGCAAUGAAGAUACAUCGUUGCAAGAUUGGAUAUAUCAGAAACUUCUUAAAAGAAAAAAAUAUAUAAAGAGGAAAUUGAACAAUUAAUAUGAAAGACCAAAAGUAAACAAAAAAAACAAAUGAAAUGGCGGGGAAGGAAGGAUUGCUGAGUUAAAUUAACCCACGCUAGGCAGAAAAAGUCGUGAGAAUAAUGUUACUAAAUUUCAUUCAUUAUAGCAAGGAAAACAAACCAUUUUGAUAUAUAAUAUGUGACCAAAAUGGUCUAGAAAUAUUAUUAUUUUAAAUGUCAUAGAACGUCAAACAUUUUGAAGGUAGUAGGUACUCCGUCAUCGCGCCCUGAAAACUAUAAGUUCUCCUUAGCCAUUAGCUAAAAGACCAAGAUCUCUAUUUAUAAUGGAAGUCAACGACGAAGGAGAAAAGCUCAAGAUGGGAUCCUUACUCAGCCCGGGUUGGGCUGACUUGACUAGAGAAUGUCUCAUCGACAUCUUCUCACGGCUAACCGUAGACCAAAGAUGGAUCGGGCCGAUGCUGGUCUGCAAGACCUGGAUGAACGUAUGUCAUGACCCGUUAUUUAACACGAUAUUCGAUCUUGAAACUCGAUUUCAAUCAUUCCCUGAGUCGAUCAACUGGUGGAAUCCUGAAUUCGAGGACAAGGUCGAUUCCUUCCUCCGAUCUGUUGUUGACCGGAGCGAAGGCGGUCUCACUGAGAUUCGAGUCAGGCACUGUACAGAUCGCUCUCUAUCUUACGCCGCUGAGAGGUGCCCUAAACUAGAGGUACUUUGGAUAAAGAGCUGCCCCAAUGUCACAGAUGCAUCAAUGACAAAGAUAGCCUCAAACUGUCCAAACCUGAAGGAACUCGACAUGAGCUACUCUUAUGGCAUAUCUCACGAGUCUUUGGUUAUGUUGGGGAGGAACUGCAAUAACCUAAAGAUCCUUAAACGGAAUCUAUAUCCUCGGCUUGAUCCCAACAUGCCCACAAUCAUCGCGCCACUUGACUAUCUUGCUACAUAUCCUAAACACGCCAAUGUGGAGGCUGAAGUGAUUGGAAGACACAUGCCUCAGCUCAAGCAACUGGAGUUUCGAUACACUACAUUGACUGCUAAAGGUCUUGCUUUGGUUUGUGAAGGAUGUUCGGAUCUUGAGUACAUGGACUUAUACGGGUGUAUAUCAUUGAGGAGCGAGGAGAUAACUAGGUGGACCUCGAGCUUGAUGAGUUUGAGGGAGAUCAAUAAGCCGAAUUUCAUGUUCCCAAUGGCGAUUCUACGCAUGUCAAGACCGGAUCAUCCGAGAUAUGGAUGAUCUUUCAGCUUUGAUGCUCUGCUUUCUCUAUGCCAUGUCCGCUUUGAUUCUUACAACAGUUUGGAACUCUUCUACUCUGUGUCUGAAUGUGUUUGUAAUUUAAAACUGUUCACUCUUUGUACCCGAUAAGUUGCUUUUUAAUGUGUUUACUUAUGUAAUGAACAUUGUUUUUGGAUACAUUGGUUUCUCCUUUUGAGAUAUAUAUAUGCAAGAUUGGAGGUGAGAUUGUUUUA